AUGUCACGCAAAGUGGCAUUGUGCAGUCCACACAAAUUGUCACGAAUGAGACAAGUGCCUAUUAAGUUUCCGAACGUGGAUAUGGGUUACCAGGUCAGUUCGACCGGCAAGAUGCGUCCACGAUAUAAUACAGCAGCUAUCGCAUUGCUUGUAGCAUCUCUAUGUUACGUUAAUGCGGAGCGGAGCCUUCUCCAAUCGUAUCUCGAGUCGUUUCCACCAUACGGCUGCAACCGCGACCCGCAGCAGUCCCGCUUCCGCCUCGACCCAGUCUACACCGUCAGCGGCAACCGGGUGUGCAUGACUGCCCGCGUCGUGGACUGCGCCAAGCCGGGCUCGGACUGCUGUGACCCCAAGAUUGAUUUUUACAAGAUCGAGCUGGACGUGAACAAGCAGUGCAAAGGCGCCGUGACGGGGGUCACGGUCAAUGGAAAACCAGCUCUGGCACCCACGUUCGACCCCUACGCCACCAAUGAUACCAAAGCAGUGAUCAAGCUUACGGGCCUGAAUCUUGACCUGACGACUGCGGACGGCGCUGUGGUGUGCAUGACGCUGGGCGGCUCGUGUCCCUCCAUGGAGACACUCUGUGCGGAGGGCAACGGCUUCUGCAAGUAUGCCGUCGUGCAAAGUGGAACGUGCGACUGCUGCCCCUUGCAACCGCACCCUGCCUGGUCUGGUACCCUUCAACUUCGACAAGACACCUUCGCUCAGUGA